CAAGAUGGCGGACAAGUACUGACUUCUCACUUCAUGGAAUCAAAUAUGCAGUGCAUUUUCCUGUAGUAUGCUGAGAAUAGACUUCGGCCAAAGCUUAUUAGACCAUAGCGGGGUCUUAAUACUUGUUCAACCUGUGGGAUACAUCGGUGAUAAACGAUUCAAAGCAAUUUUCGACGAAAUUUCCACGUAUCGUACCGCACAGGUACCGAACACUAUCAGGACACUAAACCUUCGGUACUCGAAAAGGGUCAGUCCUCAAUUCACCGAAUGGGGAAAUUUUCAUUUUCACAAACGAGUCUUGGGGCUUAUUUGUGUUGGAUGGUGCACCGAGAUUUCAGAGGUAGAAAAGCUUGAAAAAGCGAUAAAUGAAAUUAAAAAUCCUUUUAGUGCAAUACUUUUGAACACAAGAUGUUUCGUCUUUGGCUGCCAGUCCAACGACGAAUCAAAGAUCAGGAAAGAUUUCGCACUUAUCAGAGGCGAAGAUCAUUCCGGAGACCUUCAAAGUAACCUCGCAGAAUUUGUAGCUUCUUUGUUUAACGUAUUGGAAUCGAAGAGGAUCAGUAAACUGUCAGAGAAGAUUGAUAAAAUAACCCUGAUACAAGCACCGGUAGAGCAUGAAGUUUUUGGAGGAGAGAAUGACAGCAGGACAAGCAAAAGAAAAACUAUUGGAAGGUCCAAAAAAUACACAGGAGAUUUGUGUAUGUUGGCUGGUUUGCCACAAGAAGCUCUCUCUCAAUACCUUAUUGCUGGAGAACAUUUAAGAGUCGUCAAUGAUCUUCUAUGGCUUGCUGGUGCAUUGGAGGGACAAUGUGCAGCAUCACUACUACUGACCAGAACUGCUACAGAAAAGGACAGGAAUUCAUUGAUUUUACCAAUUGAAUGUGCAGCGAAUUCUAUGAAUUUAACAAUGAAUGGUUUAGGAGGUGAUGUAGAUGAAUCAAAAUUUAGGAAUCCACAAGCACUCAGUGAAGACGAGAUUGUAGAAAGGCUCUCAGAAGCACUGAGACUCUAUAACAGAGUCAAAGGUGCUGCUGUUGUGGAAACAGAAGCUAAUCUUAAGUUUACAAGGCUUUUAAUCACUUACAAGAGACGAAUUGAUGCCAGUGUGGCACUGCAGAAUUCCCUUUCAGUAAAUGUUUCACUGACAGAACAAGAAAAGAUCCAGCGGUACAGUGCUGCAGCAGUGUUAUAUGAUGAGCUGGGAUUUCAACGCAAGGCUGGAUUUUUCAGUCGAAUUGCAGCCAUGCAGUGUGUUUCACAACUAAUGCCACAUCCUCUGUGGCUCUAUUCUUACAAAUUUCUCAUGAGUGCACUGGAGGGGUACAGAAUUUCUCUCGAUCAAAAAGAUGUUGCCACAGGUGCUACAAAUGGUUGGCCAGCUCUCCAAAUCAGGCUUCUUAAUGAGCUUAUUUACACUGCUCGCCGGCUAGGAGAUCCUUUCGGGGCGUUUAGGCAUAUCACGUUUUUACUGCACACAAUGCAUGACCAUUUGAGUGACGACGAAAUGAAAGAGUUAUGUUCACUGUUGGAGAGUACAGCCAAGCAGUGUACCGGAUCACCUAGAUCUCCCAAGUCGCCCAAGGAAACAGAUGGGCAGAAAAUUGAUGCCUUAGACAUGGCUUUGAUACCCCUUACUAAAAUGCCUCUUGUUAGAUCGUUUAAAGUUCAACCUCUUCCUCUACACAUGAAACCUGUUGGAAAUAAAUCAGUUGUAGCGUCUGACUCGGAAUCAGCAGGACCGUUUAUAUUCUCAUCUCUAAGAGGAAAAGUUAAACAAUCAAAGAAAGGCAAAAAUACAACUUGGGUGUGCGGGGACAUCGGUCAAGUUUCGUUGGAUGUCUACAAUCCUAUGCCAUGUGAAUUAAGAGUCUCUCAGAUGAUCCUUUGUGUUGAAGGGGUUGAAUUUGAGCCGUACCCAACGUGUUUGUCUCUACCUCCAAAGGCAGGCCCUCAUACAGUGAUAUUGCUCGGGAUACCAGCCUCUGCAGGGUCAAUGAGAAUUACUGGUUAUUCUGUGACAGUAUUCGGCGUCGAAAGCACCUGCAAGCUGACAAAAGAAAAUCUGGAGAACAAAGACGACUUUCCUGUGAUUGUAGACGUGACUCCUUCGAUGCCCCUAAUCCAAGUGUCCACAACUCUUCCCAAGGUCCGUUGUCAGCCGCCUGAUCCUGACACUCCCCAAUCUGUGCCCCUUGUCACGGCGGUUACAUUGUACGCUGGGCAGAGCAUGAAAGGGACCAUUAAUCUGGAAAACAUUGGCAAGAUGCCAGUCGAAAGUCUGAAUAUUUCUGUUACUAGCAAGGAUGGGGAAGGACUCGAUGAACUCUUCAGUUUUGAUGAGGAAGAAAUCAAGUCCAAGCUCCCAGUCCUUCCUGGCCACUCCACCGACAUCACAGUAACAAUAACUGGCGCUCAUCGCUUCCCACAAGGCACCGAGAGCAAUGAAAAUCCCAGCUACGAUCCGGCGGCACCAUGGGGCUUGACCGGUUCCAUUCAGUUCCGUUACUCAACGGGAUCUAGCAGUCACAUGUCACGCAAGGUCACCAUGGCCAUAGAUGUGACAGUAGUGCCCAGCUUAAUCUGUGAAAACUAUCAGAUUAUAGAGCUCCCUAGUGAUCGAUCUCAUUGUUUACUGAUGUUUGAUGCUGUUAACAAGACCUCCAAUGACAUGGAACUGUCCCUGUGUGUUGGCAACUGUAAUGAAUCUAAUUCUGUAGAAGGAGAGUUGACUACGGAUGGUGCGAUGAAUAUUCAAGGAAAUGACAAAAAUAGGAUAACGAUGAAUUUGCCGAGAUUUACUUUACCAGUGUCUGAUAACCAUAACGAAGAGGUUAAUGCUGACUCCCAGAGACGCGCUGAAUACGAAAGAAGAGUUUGUGACUUGGUUAAGAUUCGUUGGAAUCUUCCGGCAUGUAACGCUGAAGGCUGUGGUAGUGUAGAGAAUCUGAAACUAAACCCGAGUAUGAUGCAGGCAUUGAGACCAGAUCCAGUCACAUUUGGUGUUCAGAUCAAUGGAGAGGAAUACGACAACACUACAUCAAGUGGAAUCACUAUCUCACUGUGCACGAUUGUGAAGCUCAAUGUUCAUGUGUCUAAUCAAAGUGAUGAACCUCAUGGGCCUUUAGUGUUAGCCAUUGAACCUUACCAAGACCAGGCCUCCGGUUGUCCGGUGACCGAGCUGGAUGGAAAGGUGGCCUGGGUAGGAACGUUACAAGUUCAUACUCCUGAGGUACUACCCGGGAAGUCUUUCUGUCACUCGUGUUCGCUGAUUUUUUUGUAUGCGGGACAAUUCAUGGUCUCCAUUUCUUGUACUGAGACCGCAACGGAAAAAACCGCAACUUCUCAACAGGGAACUGGAUCCGAGUCACCUGAAAGAACUUGCAAUUCUGAAAACACAGAGAAAGCUCUCAAAGAAGAAAUACAUGGUUUGAAGAGAUCGUGGACAUAUUCGCCGUCUGUUAAAAUACGCGUCGUAUGAUGAGAGCCAUCGAAGAGGAAUACCUUGCAGCUUGGCACUUCGAAUUAAAAAGCGCCGUGGUUCCCUACAAAAUGUCACUAAUAUAUAUGAGUUAUUUAGAAGAGUCCUUCCAAAUGAUGUGACGUUGUCAAAAUCAACGUCAUUUUCCAUAGCAGCGCAUUGACUGAUAUGUGUUGUCAUCUGGAAUCCGCUGAUUGAUAACUGCGCUGGCUCAGUUACGCACAGUUGGGAACCAGCGGGCUGUGACUAGUUUCAAACUUCUCAUAACAUUGCUUUAUGAAUUCCUGGGGAAUUGUGAUGAGAAUGAAGGAACGUGAUCUUUUCAACUAAUCCUGCUGGAGAUAUAGAUACUCCCUAAUCUGGUCUACAGUGUAAAUACACUACAAAAACCGAGAGAUCAAACAGAUGGAAUAGGCCACGAUACACAAUUCAAAAAGUGAGCUGGCAGGUCCAACAAACAAAACGCAACAUGAUAUGAGUGCGCGAAAACGUGCAGGAUGGCCUAAUUUAAGUUAACUUUCUUGAUAAGCAGUCGCGGUGCCAUUUUGUGUUUUUAAAGUCAUACUCACAUUAGCGAAUCCAGGGGAAUGUUCGGGAGAUGGGUGGGGUGGGGUUCGUUACUCCCUCCUCUCCCCUCCCCUCCCCUCCACCGUUGGGUUUCAUCCGUUUGUGUUACACCAAAAUUCUCAGAAUAGUAGGAUCGCUAGUUACCAGUGCUUUAAUUUUUACAAGUUUUGCAAAAUUUAGUUGCAUAAAUAAGUAGGCUGUAGUGUUAAAAAAAUUGUCGGUAUUUUCUCAUUAAAAGUUUACACCCCCUCCCCUCAGUAGAGGUUCCUGGAUCAGCCAUUGGUUCACAAAGCGACGACUUCUCGUUCUCUCACGUGCAAGCUGAUCGCGGAUCCCCAUUGGGUGGUCAAAUCUUGUGUCACAAGUCGUGUUUGUUGCUUAGCAACAAGCCAGACGCGAUAACUCCCAAGAUUCCAUAAGCAAUUCUCUCUUCUAGCUGCCAUACUUAGCCCUGUAAAUAAGUUAGUAGAAUUUGGUAAUAUAUCUUGAAAACACAACUCCAGCUGUUGAUUUUUGUUUAUCCUCAACAUAUCACCUCUGGAAAAUGUAGGGAACUUGUGAAGAGUAACGUUAUAUUUUGAUUAUUUUUUUAAGAUGGAAAUGUCAAAUCCGUUUUCGCGCAGCGAGUAUUUGUCCAACAACCGAACAAGCUGAAAGUGGCUUUGAGACUUUGAAUGAUUUUUACGUUACAACCGUGAGAAGUCUUAAAGUUAGUAAGAAGUGUGUGGCCGAUGUAAAAUACAAAACUGCGUUUCAGGAACUGUUCCAAAUAUGAAACGCACUUGAAAAUUCUAAGCAACUUUAAUCAUCGAGGGUAUCUAAAAAUUGACUCUCAAUAAACGACAAUAAUUAGGUAAAACA